CUCUCCUUUUUUUGGCUCGGUGCACCCCUCUCUCUCUCUCUCUCUCUCUCCAUGUUCUCAGUUCUCACAGUCUGUUAAAAAAGGAAAAGUAAAAAAAAAAAUGGAAACUUUGCUCUUCCUCCUCAACUUUCAGCCUCCCCCCAAAGAGCUGAGAGGCAUGGAGGUGGUGGGGUUCACUGAAUGAGUUCUUUUUGGCAGCUAUCUUGGUCUAUUUGAGGGGUCGCAGAAGCAGCAGGAGGAAGAAGAAGUGGUAACUGGUUGAUUCAGAAGAAGUCUCCCUGUGCUGAUUGUUUGGCCUCAAUUUUGAUUGUGUAUACGACCCUGCAUAUCUCUCUGGGAUGGCAGGUGUCGAUCUGUCGAAGUAUGCCCAUAGUCCCGUGCACAGAGCUAUAGCUAUAAAGGACUAUGCCGGUCUCAGGAAGAUACUAGCAGGGCUCCCCCGGCUUUGUGAGCCAACUGAAGUUCAAACUGAAUCUGCUUCACUGGCCGAAGAGCAAAAGGCUGAUGCCAUCUCUGCGGUGAUUGAUAGACGGGAUGUCCCAAACCGUGACACCCCUCUUCAUUUGGCUGUCAAGCUCCGUGAUGAGACUGCAACCCAGAUGCUUAUGACCACGGGUGCAGACUGGAGCUUGCAAAACGAUCAGGGGUGGAGUGCACUCCAGGAAGCAAUAUGUAAUAAGGAAGAAGGGAUUGCCCAAAUCAUUGUUAGGCAUUACCAGCCACUUGCUUGGGCAAAAUGGUGUAGAAGGCUGCCGCGGUUGAUUCAAACAAUGAGGAGGAUGCGGGAUUUUUACAUGGAAAUAACGUUCCAUUUUGAGAGUUCUGUUAUUCCUUUUAUAUCAAGGAUUGCACCUUCUGAUACUUACAAGAUUUGGAAAAGAGGUGCAAAUUUGAGGGCUGAUAUGACUUUGGCUGGUUUUGAUGGUUUCAGAAUACAACGAUCUGAUCAGAGUAUUCUUUUUCUUGGCGAUGGGUCCGAGGAUGGGAAGAUUCCUCCUGGAUCACUGUGCAUGAUCUCACACAAAGAUAAGGAGGUAAUUAAUGCUUUGGAUGGUGCCGGUGCUCCAGCAAGUGAGGCAGAGGUGCAGCAAGAAGUCACAGCAAUGUCUAAGACAAAUAUAUUCAGACCCGGGAUUGAUGUAACUGAAGCUGUUCUUUUACCACAGCUGACAUGGAGAAGGCAAGAAAAAACAGAAAUGGUGGGGCCUUGGAAGGCUAAAGUAUAUGACAUGCACAAUGUGGUUGUGAGCAUCAAAUCCAGGAAGGUUCCAGGGGCUAUGACAGAUGAUGAGUUAUUCUCAGCCUGCAAUGAAAAUGAAACCGAAAGUGAAGAGCUUGAUGAUAUUCUAACAGACGAAGAAAAAAGGCAACUUGAAGUCGCACUCAAAUUGGAUUCUUCAGAUUUAAACAAUGAGAACAGUGAGGGGAUAAUUGAACAUCGCCAUAGCUGUUAUGAGCCAAGGGAGAUUCCCAUUGAGGAUAUGGAUACUUGUCAAAAUGGAGACACCGGGCAGGAAAAUAAAGGUUGGUUUGGGAGCUGGAGAAAGCGGGAUGGUAAGCAUGAAGGGCCAAAGAGGGUGGUGCCACCAAGAAGUUCACUCUGUGUAGAGGAGAAAGUUAGUGAUCUCCUUGGGGAGUCUCCAUCACAAAGUCAGAACAAACAGGGAAGGCAUUCAGUGGAGAUUGCCGCGAGGGCCAGUGAACACCCUAAAGGAAGGGAUCCUAAACCAUCUUCAUCCUCAAAUUAUGAGAAUGGAAGCCGGCGCAGGGAUGGAAGCCGCGAAAAUGAAUAUAAGAAAGGUUUGAGGCCUGUCCUUUGGCUUUCUCCAAAUUUCCCACUUAGAACUGAAGAACUCCUUCCAUUGCUUGACAUCCUAGCAAACAAAGUUAAGGCCAUUCGUCGCCUGCGGGAAUUACUAACGACUAAGCUUCCAACGGGGACCUUUCCUGUUAAGGUUGCUAUCCCGGUGGUUCCCACCAUUAGAGUGUUGGUUACAUUUACAAAGUUUGAAGAGUUGCAGCCACUGGAUGAGUUCUUGACCCCUCCUUCCAGCCCAACUGCUGCAGGCCAGGAGAGCUCAUCAGUGAUGCAAUGGUCAAGUUCUUCAUGGUUUCGGUGGAUAAAAUCUCCCUACCAAAGGCCAAAUUCCUCCACUGGCGGUUCAAGCUCGAGGGUAGAAAACGUUCAAGAUACAUUCAAAAUUCCUCCAGGUUACACAUGGAUUACAGCUGAAGCAAAGAAGAAGAGGGUGCAGGAGAAGAACAAAUCGAAGAAAGGAACAAGUCGGAAUAACUAAGCACUGGAUGAGUCUCUAUGAACAUCAUUUAUCGAUUAGAGGUACAGGACACACACCAAGCAAAGAUAGUUCUCCCAUUAGGUGGCCAAAUCUGCAAAAGUUUGGGACAGGAAAAAUAGAAAUCGAAAAUUCUAGGUAGAGCCAAUAGAACUAUAUCGAUUCGAUUAUUGGAAGUUCUAUUAAAUGUUGAAAGUAUGAUUCUUCCAAAUGCUUGUAACCAAUAUGGAACAGUUGUUUGGCUGCUGGUGGAUGCAAGCAGCAGUUAAUUAGAUCAUUCUAUAUUCUGCUUCUUCCCAUAAA